AUGGACUUUGAUGGCGAGCAUCCGAGGCUCCUGGAUCCCGACUCCGAAACGGCCAAACUGGCAACAAAGUAUGACAACUCCGGAACAUGUUAGUUGGAAAAGAAACAAAGGCGCAAAAAGAGACGUUUCUUUAGUGACCGUAUCCCAAUUACACCGCCAGUGUCCGUUCGUUCUGUUCGGCAGGACUCGUGCAGAUGGCAUACGCAUUCUGAAGUCCAUUGAUCAUUUUCCCGGUAUGUUCCUUACUUCCUACUGCGACGGAGAGCACUUCUUGGCCUACGUUGCAAAGGACUAUUCCAUUAAUGUUGUCCGAAUCGGGCAUAGAGGAAGAGAGGGAGAAGAUCUCAAGUUCGUGCUGCAUAAUCCAAAAAAACAGUUUGAGUUGGUUGCCACUUAUUGUAAUUCUUCGAAUCAAUUAAUUUGCAGAAACUUGAUAGACUUGACUUCUUAUUACAAAGCGCACAAGUGCAGGCUACUGGGAAUCCGGCUCACCGAGGGAAUCCCACCUCCAAACAGGAAUGACUAUUGA